AUGUUUUUACUAAUUAUUUGUGGGUUUAUCCUGUCAAACACAGCUGAUGUUUCGUGCUAUGACUCUGACUAUGAAGCCAUCCGUGGAGGGUGGAUCAAACCUCACAAAGUUAUGGCCACAUGGUUUGACGCUGUGGAACAGUGCAAUAAAGAAGGUGCACUACUUGCGUCUCCAAUAAAUGAAGAUAUAUUAAAUCAUAUGAUAUCAAUAAUCGGUACCAAUGGUCACACCACUCCUUACUUUAUUGGUAAUAACGCAAAUAUCAAAUCUGGGCUAUAUGUGUCUCUAGAAGGUGUACCACUUAGUAAUAUGCCAGUGAUUAAUAUGAUUGAAGUGUUAGACCCCAGAGCUGGACUAUGCAUGGUUAUGGACCACAAGAUGCUGCUGAGCGUUGUAUCUUGUACGUCUCGACGACCGUACAUGUGCUAUAAGGCACGCGAUGACCACCUAAACAUGACAGAAUGCGGUACAUUUGAUAAAAAAUAUAUACGUUUAUCAAAAACGGGUAGUUGUUACAAAUAUUACGCUGAGAAAGUGAACUGGGUCACGGCUUAUGAGACUUGUAUCAACGAAGGAGCAUACCUAGCCGUCCUCAACGACAAUAAAGAGCAAUUAAGUGUUCGAGAUUUUAUAUGGGAUCAAAACAAUUCGGGUGCUGAGUACGUACAUAUCGGAUUACUGGAAUGGAAGGUCGGAGGACCAUGGUUCAGUGUACAUUGGGAGCCCUUCGAAAAGAUCUACAACCGUGGUUUUAUACAAAAUGAAUUACAGUCUCACGUUGGCAAUUGUCAAGACCACAGAGGAGUUCUGUCAGCGACAGGAAAAGUAUCCUAUACAAAAGAUGGUAGCUCAAAUUUGAAUGUGUACCAGUUUAUAUGUGAGAAAGAUCCAACCUACAUCAGAUUUCCUCUCGACAACAUGCUACAAGGCAAAUUAAUGAUUAAAGAGAACGCACCUGGCUAA